AUGGAGUCUUGUGCGACGUUCUGGUUCCACCUUAAUUUCAACGAGAUGCUUCGAAGAGUAUUCUCCUGGAUUUAUCCUGGUUAUUCGGUAAUAUCACGAUUUGCGAGACGACAGACCGCGCGUAUGUCAAGCCAAGUGCAUGCGUGGGUUCACCGCGCAAACCAACUUACGAUUGUGUCCGCUCCAAACAUUACGCGCGAAAUAUGUUUUUGUAAUAACCAUUUAUCUGAUAAUUCCGUGAGUCAUAAACGCAACUUACCUAGAAGUCAACGUAUACGUAUUAACCAACGAACCUCUGUUCUAAAUAAAAAUAAAAGGCAAAGCAAACAAAGUCAUGGUGGUAAUAAUGAAAUAACACAAAUUGACGUAGCCAGUUUUAUACAAAAACCUGAUUAUUAUGAUAUCGACGAUAAUGUCUCAUUCAAUUGGGGAAUUAAAGACAGAUUAACUAGUAGGGUAUAUUAUGAUUACGAUACAAGCAGAUACACAAACACUGAGAAAAAUGUUGAAAUUAAUAACACAUUUCAAGAAUAUUUAAGUGUGGACGAAACUGACAUUUUGAAAAAUCAAUUCAUUGAUAUACCGAAUACAAAAUCAAAUAAUGCAAUACCCUUUGGAAAAGUGUUGGUUGAUAAGAACAACAAUAGAAAUGAACAUGAGAAUAAUCAAUCUAAAGACUUUUACAGAAAUAAAUUGUCAUUAGCUACAGAUAAUUUAAACAAUUCUGUCAAAAAAUUAUCAAUUAAACAUCUGAAGUGGCCGGUUUUUUUCCAUAAUAAUACCGACAAAUAUGAUCGAAAAAAAGGAAAAAAAAGAAUAAUGAAUCAUAAAGUAACCAAUAAUUUACCAAACACAGUAAAUAAUUAAACGCAUGAUAUCAACAAAAAUAUCAUACAGAAACAAGAACACAAAAAAAAUUAAAAGAGGUUUAAAAUUGUAUUCAGAAUGCCAAACUUGUAAAUGAAAAUAUUUUUUGAAUUCAAACAACAGAACGAGACCUAUUUCCAGUCUCAAUCAUAAUGAUAUGCAAUACAACAAACAAAAUCUGCUUAUAAUGGAUGAAGAGUUGGUUACGAGUUUACACUGAAAAGUUAAAAAGUUAGCUAUUACUUACAAACUAUCAACAUGAAUAAUAUUUAUUAAUUGUCCAUAAAAUAGAAAUUAUUUAAACACAAACAAACAAAUAUAAUCAAAUAAAAAGGUUGCGUAUUUCAAUAAAAAUAUGAAUAGUUUCCAAAAAUAAACAAAAAUUUUUAUAAAAAGUAAGUAUGCAUUUUGCUUUCCUAUAAAUCUACAUCUAUUCCAACUUAUCAAUUUUAUGUUAUGGUACGCAUUAUAUACGUAAGUGUUUUGUAAUUGAUAUGAAUUGUAGCUACAUUUAUUACAUUAUGUUAAUAAAGCUGAUGUGUUUGUUUUAAAAUAAAAUGUAUAGAAUAAAUAGUAUAUGUAUGUAAUAAGCAAGAAAAUGCAAAAUUUUAGUAAUUACUGAUUAAACAACGACCACAUUAAUUGAACUUAAAUUGCUCGAGGGAAGUUUCAGCUAACAAACAAUUACUUUCAACUGUACAUGGUCCAUCUGAAAAAAAAAUGGUAAUAUUAAAUUACAUUAGAUUAAAUUAUUAAUAGAUUCUCUUUGUAUUAUUCUUUUUAUUGUUUGUAAUCGUGUGUAUAUAUUCGUGUUUAUAACCUAUGCUAUAGAUAUAUAUUCGGACUAUACUCGGUUUGUUCAAUAAGUUGUUGGCUCGUGACUUUCUGGUGGGCUCUGUCGUUGUGUUUCGAGCAUGUUCUGGAUUAUUCUCUGAAUUUUUCUUGUAUUGUUUUAAAUAUUAAGUUUGUACAUUGUUUCUUUCCUGAAGUUUCAUUUUUGUACCAAUUUAGUCAUUUAUUAUUACCAUAAUAAUAUUUAUGUAACUAUAGGGUAACGUAGACUUGUAUAUUCCAAU